AUGGUCGGGCUCGGUGAGGGUCGGCCACAGCAGAGCAGGGGGGGUGGCAGGGGGACCGAGUUAGCUGGACCGGGCGGUGGUGAUCCGGUACCCCCCUGCGAGGACAGCGCCCGUGCGGCGGAUCCGAGCCAGGGUCCAAUGAGGGGAGUGAACGGGGAUGGGAGGGAGAACUAUCAGAUGAAGGCUCCCAUCAGUGCAGAUGGAAAUGACUUGGAGGAGAAGUACAGGCGCAGCGUCCUGGAUGUGGCUGUUUUGCAGGAUUACAUUGUGUUUCAGUGUGAAUCUGCGAGAAAGGUCCAGUCUGACCGGAGUGACCUGCGGAGACGAGUGAGAGACAUGGAGCAGCGGCUGCAGCACGAGAGACAAGACCUCAGGGACAUCAGCUCUGAUCUCAGCCGGCAGUACAAAAGCAUGAAGGCAGACCUGACCGGUAAGGUGAGGACGCUGGAGGAGGAGGCGAUCCAGCUGAGGGAAAAACUGGCCUCCUGUCAAGAAGAGCUGAGAAAAGAGAAGAAGGAGCGCGAGCGGGUCGAACAGGAGAAGGAAGCCAUCAUUACAGACCUCCAGCAUAAGCUGGACAGCAUGGAGAGCGACUGUGAGAAGGUCCUGCAUGAGACUCUGGACAGCCUGACCUCUCGUCUGGCCGCGGCCCGACGAGGACGGGAGGACGCGAGCGGAGCCCUUCAUCGCAAUUACACGGAGCUGCUGAGCGAAUUUGGCCUGAACGCGCUGGACGUGUAG